AUGGCGGCUGCUGCGUGGCGUGCUUCACAAAGGGAGUCGGCCAUGCAGGUCUGCCGAGAGAUUUUGCAGCAAGGAGGCAUCUUGGUGGACAGGGGACACGGCCAGAUUCUCAAGAAGACCUUGGAGGAUGGCUCAUCUGUUGUCUGCACUCAAUGUGGGGCACUGGUCGCCUGGUCAAGGGCGGAGGCUCACCGGUCCUUUUGGUGCCAAAGCUUGAAGGAUGAGGCUGAGGCCGCGGAUCCCCUGCAGUGUGACGACGGUAGUGGGCCGAACCACAUGCAGCUGGACUAA